AUGCAAAGCGCCAUGGACGUGCUGGGAGUCCAGGGGGCUUCACAGAGAAGACUUGGGAAAUUCGGCGGGGCGCUUUGGCUCUUCGUGGCUGCGGCGGUGCUCCUGGAGCCCGUGUCCGGGGAGACCGAGGUGUGCCGGUGCGACUUUGCGGACGGCAGCUGGGAAAAGGACGUGCGACACAUGAUAAAUCACAUCCAAGCCUUCAAAGAUCACUUUCACGAUGCAACCCAUCCGACGACAGAGCUUAUAAAGAAAUACGACUGCACGGAGGAUUUGCGUGAGGCCGACAGUAAGUGCUGGCCCCGACAGUCAGCAGUGGCUGCAGUCUGCAUCCUGCAGGCUGUGUAUGCAACAUUUCGGCUCGUUGGGCCUCCAAAGGUGGAUAAUUACAGACAAGCUCUUUGGGCCAUGAGUAACCAUUGGGCCGCGGCCGUGCGCUCCGAGAUGGAGCAGCAGAAGGGGGUCUGUGCAGAGCAGCGCGCGAGCGCGGAGAAGGUCCGGGCACAGCGGCAGUUCGAGGCGCGGCGAGCCGAGGCCCAGGCCCGGGAGGAGGCGAAGAAGGCCGAGGCCGAGGCCACGGCCGAAGGGGCGCAGAGGCGUCUCGAGGAGUGCCAGGCAACAGCCCAGGAAGCCUUGAGCAGGUUCGAGGCAUCUGUGAAGAGAGCAGAGCAGCUUCUCAAGGAGAGCCAGGCAAGAGUGGAGAACGCCGAGGCCAGAGGAACGAAAGCCACGCAAGACUCUCAACUCCACGAGACCGCGGACUGGCGACCCUGGCAACUUCUGAUCUCUUUCCUGUUGCUGCUCUUCUGCUUCUGGGGGGUGACAGUGGGGUGCUCCAAGAGACGAGCCCGGGAACAGGGCAAAGUGCUACAUCAGCCGAAUGAAGACAUGGUCGAGGAGCUGGAUGCCAUGAAGGAUCGGAGCGAGCAGGCCGCAAAUGCUCCAAGUGGGGCUGUGGGCGCAACACAUAGAGCCGAGCAGAUUGUGACGCAGCUGGCGGAUCAGCUGGCUGAAGCCUUGCGAGAGUUCAAGGAACUCAUGCGGGAGCACCUGGAUGUCAUGAAGGAGGGUCAGCUAGGCCUCAGGAAGCAGGAAGCAAGCGCUGCGGGUGCGGUUAAGGAGGGCGCAACACAUCCGGCCGAGCAGCUCGCGACGCGGGCGGCUGACGAUGCCAGCGAGGUUUGGAGUCAUACCUCCUGGAUGGAAGUAAGCACAGCUGAAGCACUGGUGGCGAACUCCUCAAAGAUCUCUGCAGGCGGCACUGACAGCCCGGAGCCCUGCUGCUACCUCCAAGAGUCUCUUUUCCUCGCAGAGGACAAGCGAACGUACAUACAGGGCUUCGACCUUUACGAAGGCUGCAAGAUCACGGCGGCCGACGGCAGCGCGAUCCGCGUGCGAAAGGUUCCAGAACUCCACCGGGCAGAGAAGACCUUGAUCUUGCGGGCGGGCGGCGCCGUCCUGCAGGUAACCCCGGAUCAUCGCAUUGCGCUGCCAACCGGGGACGUGGUACUAGCUGGCAAGCUCGAAAUCGGUCAGGAGGUAUUGGUGCAAAACAUGCCAACCCGGCUGACCAGCAUUGAGCUCAGUCCCGUGCCCGUGAGCGUCUUGAAGUUGGCCUUCGAUCCGGACGUACCUGUGGAGGUCUUGGUGCCCCCGCCUGCCAUCCAGUCAAAAGGACUCGCAAAGAAGGCCCUGCGUCGCAGCCUGGUGGGGCGCCGUGGAAGCCAGGAGGAGCCAAGCAUCCCUGACACGGAGGCGGCCUACCAGGAUUGA